AUGUCCCACACUCCCAUCCCCGAAGCCACCGAGGGCCGCGAGCACCGCGUCCUAGUCCUCGGAACGGGCGGUACGAUCGCAUCUGAACGCACCGCCGAGGGCUUCAAGCCUCUAAACGAGAAGAAGGCUCGCGAUGCCUUCUACCGCCGCAUCGCACGUCACCCGCAGCUCAGCGAUGCGGACGCCUGCGGCGACUUUGACAACAUCCCGGCGACCCUGGUCGGGCGAAACACACGCUACCCUCCCCUGCGUACGCCGGCGCUCGACGAGCUCGGCAACACGGUCGUGUACGAGAUCCUCGACCUAGAGAACCACAUGGACAGCAGCGAGAUGACGCCCAAGGACUGGAACAUUAUCGCCUCGGUUCUGCACGAGAACUGGGACGCGUACGAGGGCUUUGUGGUUCUGAGCGGCACGGACACGCUCGCCUAUACGGCCAGCGUGCUCACCUUCCUCUUCGUAGGCGCGGGCAAGCCGAUCACCGUGACGGGCGCCCAGAUUCCGCUUCGUGAGGCGCGCAGCGACGGAUGGUACAACCUCCUCGAGAGUCUGAUUGUCGCGGGAUGCCUGCCGUACGCGGGAGUCGGCGUAUGCUUCAACCACGAGGUGUUGCAGGGAUGCAGGGCCAACAAGUCGUCGCCUAACCUCCUGCACGCGUUCGAGACGCCCUCUGUGCCGUCCUGGAUCCGGCUGAAUGUCCGAAUCACGGCGCUCCCCAACCUCGCGAGGCGCAGCGCCAAUAACCCGCCCCCGCUGAUCACGCUGCAGGAGGCACCGAGCGUCCUCUCGUGCGCCAUCUACCCCGGCAUCACCGGGAGCAUCCUCGCGGCCCAGAUCCACAGCAUGCCCACGUGCAAGGCCGUCAUCAUCUCGGCGUUCGGCAGCGGUAACCUCCCUGUCAAGGAGGAGAGCGGCGUGUUGCAGGCCCUCGAGGCGGCUGUCAAGCGCGAGAUCCUCGUCGUUGUCGUGUCCAGCUGCCACAUUCCAAACAUUUACCCCCUGUACGCCCUCGGCGUGCGGUUGCUCAGCAUCGGCGUGCUCCCGGGCUUUGACAUGACACACGAGGCGGCGUUCGCCAAGCUGUCGUGGCUUGUGUCGCGCCCAGACCUGAGCUUCGAGGAGCGACAGCAUGUGUUCCAGACCCCUAUCGCGGGAGAGAUUACUGGAUAG